AUGUUGCAGAGUUUCUUUGAUGCUGCUUGGGGCUCCGGUCCCUGCGGUGUGUGGGUCACUGUGUUUGCCUCGAUUCUUUGCGCCGUGGGCUUGGGCAUUGCCUUCUUCGGCUAUCGCUUGUACAGUCGAGCCUUUGGAGCUUUCCUAUGCCUCUUUGCUUUUGCCGUGGAAGCUGUCAUUGGCACCCAGUGGCUGCAGACUGGCACUCGAAGCCUUGGAAAGAAGCUAGUGAUCAGCUUUUGCUGUGUCCUGUGGGCCUUGCUUGCACGUGCAUGGGCUCCAAAAAUGAAGUCUUUCUUGGAGCAACUGUUGGACACCUUUUUGGGCGCUAUCACUGGCUUCCUGGUGGUCGUGCUCUUGGUAGACCUGGUGUCCUCACAGGUCUCCAGCGCCCUUGGUGCGGACUACGCCGGCUGGGAUGCCUUCGCGGUCUUGACUCUAGGCAUCCCGGUAGCACUGGCCGUGUCAUGGCACAGCAGGGGUUGGAGCAAGAUACUUUUUGUGUUGGCUACCAGCAUUUUGGGCGCGCUUGUGGCUGUGAAUGCAGCCUCCGCGAUUUCCAUGUGUGCGCAUCGUCAGAUCCCCUUCGGUGGAGCACCAGCAGUACUUCUGGUGGCAGCACUCGGGGCCUUGGUUCAAUGGUUCCUGGACUAG